GCGAGCUGGAGCUCCGGAGCCGCCGGAAUAUUCCACACAGAAGGAACGCGUUUAACUCGAUAGAACUCUGUUCGUUUUGCUUUUUCGAAUCCCGAAGACGCAGCCGGUCGAGCGGGGACACGGUUGAGCUCACAUUAAGCGGAUUCUGAGGCGUUCAUCUGGAGUUGUGGGGUUGAUUCUGGUCCGAGGCGAGGACGUGUUGCACUGCAGGCGCCAUUUUUGUUAGUGAAGUGAACUGGGGUGGAGAGACCCGGAGCUCCAACAUUAAAGCUUUAAAGCUUUUGUUUUUCUUCUAUUUUAUUAAAUAUUUGCAUGGACUUUUUAAUGGAAGUGCUUUCUGUGUGCCAGGCCGUGUCGUGAUGCAGAAGAAUGCUGUUUAUUACUUCAUAAUGGCCAGGUUUUCUCAGUCUUGAGCUAACAGGCUAUAUUGUUUUACGGAAGAGGAACGGAAAGGGGAACUUUAUUGAUAGUCAUUGGAUCUUUGUCAUCUUUUAACCGUUUUGGCUCAUAAACAGCAGCCUGAAUGACUAACGAGGGCUUUUAUGUGUGCAAAAGGGGGUAGAAAUGCAGGAGAGUUACCCUAUACAAGUCGCUGCCUGUUUGUGAGACGUCAGGGUGCGACUGAGCAUCCGAUUAUUCGCCUAUAGUUGUCCGAAUAUUCGCAAAAUCUAGUGGUUCCCCAGUGCUUAAAAGUUAGUCCUUAAUAUUAGUGUGUAUAUAAUAAGAAAUACAAUUGUGAUACUUGUUUUUUAUAACUUAAAAAGUAACACACCAUUUACAGCCUAUCUGCACCACCAGGUUGUGUGCAGUAUUCGAAUAAUCGUCCCAUUCGAAUAUUCGCCCUAAUUUAUUCUCUUGUAUCUUACUAUUUAAGCGUCUUGUUAGUUUAACCCGAGCAGUCAUGUCGUCGGCUCGGUUUGACUCCUCGGACCGGAGCAGUUGGUACUUCGGCCCGCUGUCCCGACAGGAGACCCAGGGCCGGUUACAGGGACAGAGACACGGCAUGUUUCUGGUCCGGGAUUCGUCCACGUGUCCCGGCGAUUACGUCCUGUCGGUCUCCGAGAACUCCAAGGUGUCGCACUAUAUCAUCAACUCGCUGGCCAGCAAGAGGUUCAAGAUCGGAGACCAGGAGUUCGAUAACCUGCCCGCGCUGCUGGAGUUCUACAAGAUCCAUUACCUGGACACCACCACCCUGAUCGAGCCUGCCCCCAGGUACCCCAGCACGGCGCUGACCGGCGGCCCUGUCCAGUCGCUCGGCGGACCCGGCGAGGAGAACCUGGAGUACGUGCGGACCCUCUACGACUUCACGGGCAGCGACGCGGAGGACCUUCCCUUCAAGAAGGGCGAGAUCCUGAUCGUCCUGGACAAACCCGAGGAUCAGUGGUGGAGCGCCAAGAGCAAGGAGGGUCGGGUCGGCAUGAUCCCGGUGCCCUACGUGGAGAAGCUCGUCAGGCCGUCGCCUCACGUGGGCCAGGCCGGCCACGGCGCCCGCAACUCCAACAGCUACGGCAUCCCGGAGCCGGCGCACGCCUACGCCCAGCCUCAGACGCCGUCGCCCCUGCCGCCCGGCACGCCCGGCGCCGUCAUCAACCCCCUGCCGUCCACGCAGAACGGACCGGUCAUGGCCAGGGCCAUUCAGAAGCGGGUUCCCUGCGCGUACGACAAGACGGCCCUAGCGCUGGAGGUCGGCGACAUCGUGAAGGUGACGCGGAUGAACAUCAGCGGUCAGUGGGAGGGCGAGGUGAACGGCCGGCGAGGCCUGUUCCCCUUCACCCACGUGAAAAUACUGGAUUCCCAAAACCCGGACGAGAGCGAAUGACCUGCUGAUCCCGUGCUCGUUCUCGGCGCGCUCUCGACCCGCCGCCGCCGCUGCCCCGCGCGCGUCCCGGGCGACCGUCGGAAAUCGCACCUGCCUGCUUGAGGCUCCGCCCGCGGCGCGCCUCUCCAGCCAACCAUCCGCGCGGCUUCUGACUGUUCACGGCUCCGGACUCCGAUAAACGCGUUUCGUUUCGUUUCGUUUUUUUGUUUUCGUCCUGAACGUCCUGUCGCCCCCGUGCCGUCGCCAGGGUGGCGCGUGACCGCUGUGGCCGCCGUGAUGCCUACUUCGCCUCUUUUUUUUCGUUCGUUCGUUUGUUUGUUCAAUUGGAAGCUAGCUUAGACUCGAGCCGAAGACGGUGGAGGGAUUCAGCUGGGUGGGGAAAGAAAGGGGAAAAGAAGCGGUUCACUAAAGUGACCGGUCAGGUUUGUCCCUGGUCCAUCGUGCUGCUCAGACUGGCGCAGUCCUGAUGGGGGGGCUGACCGAGGAUUCCAUGUUAGCCCGCGUGCCUGUGAUUAUCAGGUGUAGAUUAACUUAACGCUAGUAUCUAGAAGGGUUUAACGUUAGAGCGCCGAUCGGUCGAGCCGAACGCCUUUUCUUAUCGGUCUGGAUGCCCACGUGCGGCGCGGAGCUUUCUGCCAUCGAGGAUGACCGUUACAAGCUAGAGGCGAUGCAUGCGUCCACCGUUUGGGGUAUUUAUUCCGCCUGUAUCUGCUCGAGCUCAUUUUUCCGCCCGUCCAAUGCCGGACGCAGAGAAAGGAACUGUCCUCCGACUCCCGGAGCCGAACACAAAGCAUUUUGAGACGCACCGUGGCUCCUGAACUGGUGAAUUUCGGCUCCGAGACGUCUGCCGAUCUGACAAAUCUGUAGGUUCGGAAUUUUCGGCACCUAAUCGAUGCCUUCGGUGCGGUCACGAGGACGCACGUGGUCUUAAAAUGUGUGUGGGGGGGGAGGGGAACCUGCUUUCUGCUUCGCCUUAUGUCGGUCGAGCUCAGAUUUGACUCGACGGUUCUCUCUUUUCUCUAGCGGGGCGCCGAAUUAAAUCAAAUACUGUGUUUAAAAGAUAAAAAAAAAUUAUUUAUAAAUAAAAUCGAAACGGUUGGCACGAUCUGACCCACUGGGCUCCUCUUGUGCACCCUGCUUUCACACUGGCGAGCUACUAAGCGACAGACUAGCCCAUGCCAGCUUGCAAUAUUGUGGUCAAAAGUAUUUGGACUGCUGAGCAUGACCUCCGUGUGAGAGCUUGCUUGCUGGAACAGCAAACGGGCCUUCCCUGAACUGUUGAAUUCAAAUAUUAGAAGGGUUGUCCUGAUUCUUUUGUCCAUGUAGUGUACGUUCUAUUGAGCCGUAAGCUUGCUGGCCCAUCAAAAGCCCUAUUUAUACGUAAGCUAUAGGUACCGGGGUUCGAGUCUCAGCGAGGCCACCUUGCUGUAACAGUGACUCCUAGUGGCCGGGUGCUGCAACUGCAGGAAGGAUGAGGAAUACAGAGAGAAUAGCGUGGUCCUCGGGUACAUUUAUAGCUCUCUGUGGCUGUACAGUGUAAAUGAGACCCAUCCCAGGCUCGGUUGAUAGCACUGCCUGGGAUUUAAACUGGCUUCAACUAAUACUCCAACAGUACAGGGUAUCGAACCAGGCACCGUGAUACCAAAAAUAAUACAUGAAUAAAUGUAAAAGAACACAAUGGUGUCUUUAUUCUUUGUGGAGCGGGAAGCAUGGCAGGUCAUUGUGAUGGUCUGUAUUCGUCUCUCUAGCUACUACAUGUAAACGAAUAUCCACGUGCUCUCAUGGUUCCGGAAAGGAAAACGCGUGCCUUCUUAUGUUCUUCUUCCAUUUUUAAUUCAUGUGUUGAUUUCCCCCCCCGUCCGUGCUGGAACGACCCAUCAUGUACAGAGUGAGAAAAUAAAAUUUACCUUCACGUCUUA